AUGAGGUGCUCAUCGCAAAAAGGAUCAUACCUACAACGAGCAAUUCUAAAUAGAGUCUGUUUCAGUCGAAGUCAUGGAUCUGCAGCUUCAGCGAUAGCUGGCCAUCAACAGGAUGCUCCGAUCAAUUUCAAGAACAAGGACUACUUGUACUCCACCCUCCUUGAUGGACUCCAGAAACCACAAGACUUUGCAUUUACAUCACCUCGAACACACAUGAAACCCUUCUACGAUAUCAAAAAACUCACGAAUGAAGAUGAGAUCAAAGAGUAUGCCCAAAAACGAAUUCCUUGGUCCUCGUCCAAUGACCAGGUCACUCGAACGCCAUUCGCCAAAGAUGUGGUCCACUUGCAGACAUUGCUAGAUGCACUUCUAGCCAGUGGAAAUCUUCAGAGAGCAGAAAAUAUAUUGGCUGCUUUGAAGCCCUUAGUGGACCGCAAACUGUUUUCCAACUCGGUGAAUCAGUAUCUUCAGGUCUACGCUCAGCAAGACUCCACUACCAUCGAGGAUGUAGACAGCUUCAUGUCUCAAAUGAGACAGACUUAUGACGUAUACCCAAAUCCAAGAACAUACGCCCUCGCAAUUUCUAAGGCUCUACAAGAGAAUGCGGAUUACACAAAGUACAUUGACAUGAUGAUUAGAAAGCCACACAUGAUGCAGAACGCAUUUGGGAACGCCGAUCUACUCUCCCUCGACCAAAUCCUGGUCAUCUUCAAGAACCCACGCAUCCUGAUUGACCAUGUUCCGCUGGAUCUCCAAUCAUUGUAUAAAGAAAUCAGACGGGGAGAAUUUGAUGAAGAAAAGUCCGAGGCAACACCCGAGUAUUUCACAAGCAAGAACACUGCUGCUCCAGUAGUCAAGGCUGAUACAGAAGAAGUCAGAGCUGUCGACUCAUUCGGGUUGACUGUUAUCCGCCACACCCUUCUAGGACUAGAAAGCAAAGAGUCCUUGAAUGUGAACGAAUUGUUCAAGAACAUGGACGAGGACAUGUCUGAAAACGUUUUGCAUAAUUCCGAUGGAAAGAGAACUAAUUAUUAUGAAAUUUAUCGCAACCUCAAGACAGAAGAAGACAGAAAAAAGUUCAAUACUGCUUUGGACAUGUUCAACUUCGCUCGUCAGAAGGAGCUAGAAAGUAAGGGAUUCGAUGCUGCUAGAGAGAAAUGGAAGCAUGAAUACGAAAAAAUGAGAGCUAGAGGAGACUUGUCAAUGAACAAAAGUUUAAACGCACAGCUUUACCAAUGGUAUCUCGACAUCAUUCCCCUUGUUGAAAAAGAGAUGGAGCUUUGCAGUCAGCUUCUCAAGGAUGAAGCAGACAUCUCGGCUUUGCCUCUUGAAUUGAGAAAUCAACUAAAAGAAAGGGCCACAUAUGCUCCCUACUUCGUUUUAUUGCCAGCCAAGCAACUCGCUGUAAUUACCCUUUUAGAACUUCUCAAACUCAAUUCCACCGGUGGAGUUGUGGACGGUAUGAGAACUGCUAGAGCGGUCAUUUCCGUUGGAAAAGCUGUUGAACUCGAGUACAGAUCUAAAAUUUUGGCUAACCGUCAUCAAAAGGCUGUGAACAUGAGAUGUCCUAAGGACUGGAGAAAGUACAUUAAGUCUCAAAGCAGAAUUGAAACUCCUGAAGCGGGUAACUACACUGAGUGGAACCUGCCAACAUGUGCUAAGCUCGGAUCUGUAUUAAUCAGUAUGGUUAUGCAAGCUUCGAAAGUGACUGUUACUGGAAAAGACCCAGUAACUGGUGACGAGGUAAAAGCAGUGCAGCCUGCCUUUCACCACACAUAUCAAUUUGUUAACGGUCAGAGAUUGGGAGUUAUUCGCUUGCACAAAAAACUCGUUUCUAGUCUCGCUGGAAACUCAACGCAAAACUCCGUUCAACCUCAACUCUUGCCUAUGUUAGUUGCUCCUAGGGAUUGGAACAAACUCGAUGAUGGUGGCUACCAUUUCUCGCACAGUCAUUUGGUUAGAGUCAAGGAUUCUGCUGAAAUUGUCGCAUAUGUUAAAGCAGCCGCAGAAGCUGGUGAUCUCGACAAUGUCUACAAGGGUUUGAAUGUUCUAGGCGCUACUCCUUGGACAAUUAAUGCUAAGAUUCUCAAAAUUAUUACGCAUUACUGGAACAUCGGUGAGGAUUUUCUUGACUUGCCACCAGUCUCUGAAGAACCAGUUUUACCCGCUCCCUUGCCAUUUAACGCCGAGCCACAUGAGAAAACUCUCCACUACAAAAAGGUCAGAAGUUUAUUGCAAGAAGCAGCCACUUUUAGAUCUCAAAGAUGUGACUCGAAUUAUAAAUUAGAGAUCGCUAGAGCGUUUGUGGGAGAAAAGAUGUUCUUUCCACAUAAUAUUGAUUUCAGAGGCCGUGCAUAUCCUCUUUCUCCCCAUUUCAAUCACUUGGGUAAUGACAUGACCAGAUCAUUGUUUUUGUUCUGGGAUGGAAAGGAAUUGGGUGAGGAAGGACUCAGGUGGUUGAAAAUUCAUUUGGCUAAUUUGUAUGGUAUGGACAAAGCCCCAUUGUCAGAGCGUGAGGCGUUCGUUGACCAAAAUAUGGAGCAGAUCUUAAAGACAGCCGAAGAUCCAUACAAAGAAGAAAAAUGGUGGACUAAAGCUGACAAGCCCUGGCAAGUAUUGUCAGUCUGCUUUGAAUUGAGAGAAGCUUUCAAGUUGGAAGAUCCUACAAAAUACCGCUCUCAUAUUCCCGUGCAUCAAGAUGGAACGUGUAACGGUUUGCAGCAUUACGCCGCAUUGGGAGGUGAUAUUGAGGGUGCUAGGCAAGUGAAUCUUCUUCCCGCUGAGAGACCCCUGGAUGUUUACAAAUUCGUGGCUGGUCUCGUCGAGAAGAGAUUGGAUACUGAGGCCGAAGCAGGCAAUGAGUAUGCUAAGUUCUUGAGAGGCAGAAUCUCGCGUAAGGUCGUCAAGCAAACAGUGAUGACAAAUGUCUAUGGUGUGACGUUUGUUGGAGCGGUAGCUCAGAUUGAGAAGCAGAUGGACGGCUGGUUUGGUAAAGAUGACUUUAAGUUGAAACAUGCUCACUCGACGUAUUUGACUAGUUUGGUCUUUGAGUCCAUGAGAGAACUAUUCGAAGGUGCUCACUUGAUUCAGGAUUGGUUGGGAGAAUCUGCCAAACGUAUUUCAAAAUCCGUUAGAACAGACUUCGUUGGUGAGGAGAGCCCCGAUCCAAAGAAGCCAUUCCAUGCGUCAUCUGUUGUUUGGACUACUCCAUUGAGUUUGCCAUGUGUUCAGCCAUAUAGAGCUGUGAACAAGCAGAUUGUUUCAACCAAUCUUCAGGACAUAACAAUCAGUGAUCCUUUUGGAGCUAUGCAAGUGGACGCCAGAAAGCAAGCUACUGCAUUCCCACCUAAUUACAUUCACUCUUUGGAUGCCACACAUAUGCUUAUGACUUCUGCUGCCUGCGGUGAUGCUGGUUUGCACUUUGCUUCCGUUCAUGACUCCUACUGGACUCAUGCACAUGACGUUAACAAAAUGAACGAAAUCAUUAGAGAUCAGUUCGUGAACUUGCACAAAGACAAUUUGAUCAUUAAACUCAGAGAAGAAUUUGAACGCAGAUAUAAGGGAUUUUUGCUUGCAGUGCAUAUCGAUGGAAACCACGAGCUUGCCAAGAAGAUAAGAUCUGUAAGGCGCGAUAUUGUGAAUCAACUUGGGCGCGCUUUAACUCUUGCUGACGAAAUUCAGAUUGAGACGAAAAGACAGGCUCUUCUUAAAUCACCAAGCGCUCAAGACAACAAGUUAGGACAAGAGAUGGAGACAACCAUUAGCGUAACAGAGGGCUAUGACAUCGAUUCUAUAAAGGUCAAAUCUUCCAAGGGCAAAGCUGUCCAAAUUCUUGUGCCCCUCACUUUCCCCGACAUUCCCAGAAGAGGUGAUCUUGACGUUGAGGUCGUCAAGGGUGCACCUUACUUCUUCUCCUAA